AGAAUUCUCCGUGCAAUGCACGGUAAAAUGUUUAAAGAGUAACGAUGGGAGCAUGAAGGCGAUGUGCAGUUUUGCUUGUGCUCAGGAGAGGGAUCACGAAAUGAUCUUACGUCCCCUAUACGUUUAGUUACGAUACCGUCUUAAAGUAUGAAAACCGUAGUGGUUUUAGGGAACUAUACACGUCUGAAUGCGGUUUUACAGGCGGGCUCCGGCGAAUACGGCAGACAGAAAAGCUUUCCUGCUCGGGAACAGGAUCGGCGGCAUAGGCGGGGUUUUAGGGUCAAAGCUACAAGGAAAAAAGGAGGAAAAGCUUUAACCAACAAGGCGGUAACGUCGAGUCUCUACAGUGAGAGCCUCUUCGGUUAAUUGCGGAGCUGUGUUACUGCUGGGCCUUUGGUAACAUCCGCCAUGUCAUACCUGAGGCAUUUUACGGCAGUAGGCGAUGACAAGAAGAGUAUCACCAAGUGGCAUGCGGAGGAACUGCAUGCAGUCAGGGCGGUACAGGAGCGGGCUGAGGGGAACGCCACAGCCCCCGCCACCUUCCGGGAGUCCUGCCGCAGGCUCUUUAGCUCGGAGAAGUUUCAGAUCACGGUGGUCUGUCUCGUCAUCCUGGAUGCCACCUUUGUCCUGAUUGAGUUGCUGAUGGACCUGUCCAUCAUCAAGUCGGACCACGAAAGGGUCGCUCCCCAGGUGUUCCACUAUCUGAGCCUGGCUCUACUCACCUUCUUCAUGGUGGAGCUGGCAGGAAAGAUCUAUGCCUACCGAUGCGAGUUCUUCCACCACAAAUUUGAGGUGUUUGACGGGGUGGUGGUCAUCGUGUCCUUCGUGUUGGAUAUCGUCUACAUUGCCCAAGAGGACGCGUUUGAUGGUGUUGGCUUCCUCAUCUUGCUUCGCCUGUGGAGGGUGGCCAGGAUUAUCAAUGGCAUCAUAGUAUCCGUGCAGAACCGUGCCUACCACAAAGUUGAGGUGCUCACAGAGAGCAAUAAUCACCUUGUCCAGCAAGUUAACGACCUGCAGGAACAGAACUCCAGGCUGGAACAAGAAAAUAACAGACUUACCACACUACUGCGAAACAAUGGGAUUGCAUUUUGAUUGGGUGUGAGGAAAUGGAGGAUUUUCCUCAGUUGUGGAAGAAAUAAUCUUUCCAUCAUGAAACAAAUCUGGGAUCAUUGAUUCACCGGAUGGGAUUUUCAGCUACUAACAUGCAGACUGCAUCAUGAAUGCAGUGCCUGUAUAUUCAGUACAUUUAUUACUAAAAUGCAAUAUGCAUGGUAUUAUGUGUAAGGGAAAUUUCUCCCUGGUUAAGUAUGGAUAUCUGUUGAUGACAGACUGUUUAACAGUCCAUACCUAAUUUUUUAAUAUAUCUAAGCUUUUGUCAUUCACAUUCUGUAGGGGGAAAAAAAGAUUUCCAACUUUUUAUAUUUUUAUGGUCAAAGUUAUGUGUGCAUAAGACAAUGAGAACAGGAAUAUAUAAAACGGAA